ACACACGCACGCACGCGCUCACACGUACAGAGGGAACGGAAACAGACUUGAGUGUGUGAAAGCCGCGACGCUCAACAGCAGAUCAAAGCUGCACAACAUGACAGAAAGGGCGCACUGAAAGUGUGUGUGUGUGCGUAUGUGUGUGUGUGCGUGCGUAUGUGUGUGCGUGCACGCGUCCGGAUGGCACCUGAGGUUUCCACCUGAUUCUAACCUGCAGGAAGGGGAUCCACAUUGGACUUUGUGUUCACAGUUGGUUGGCUGAGGGGGGUGUACAGUACAGAGGAAGGAGGUUGGACCACUACAUCUUCUAAAGGUCGUCCUGAUGUGGCAGACGUGAAAUUGGCGGCGCCAUGAUGGAGCCUUUAGAGCCCGGCCAGGAGAUUGUGGAGUGGCUGUCCACCCUCCGUCUGUCCCAGUACACCUCAUGUUUCCUGCAGGGAGGAUACCAAACUCUGGAGGACUGCAAGGACCUGACAGAGGAGGGCCUCUUCGAGCUUAAAGUCCUCCCGACGGGCCAUCGGAGGCGCAUGCUCCGCAGUUUGGAAGCGCUUGGGCUGAAGCCUCUGAGCGGAGGAGAGGAGGAGGACGACGGAGAGGAGGGAGGGGAAGGGAACGGGAGGCGCCGGAGGAGGCCGGUGCCAUACCCGCGGCGCAUCUUCCUGCAGGACAAAAAGCGAGGGAACUCGUGCCAGCACCAGCAGCACAAGGACAGGCGGGACGAUGCUUUGGAGGGGAGUCAGACUUUGCCUCCCGGGGCAGGACUGGGAACCGAGACGGAGGACAGGUACCUCUGCCCGCCUCAACCGGCCCCGCGCCAUCCCCAGAACAUCCAGACAUCCGGGUCUGCACAUGCCUGCAUCCCUCCUUCUGUGUCCUCCAGCAGCAGCGGCGGCAGCAGCGGCAGCUGCAGCAGCGGCAGCAGCAGCAGCAGCAGCAGCAGCAGCAGCGGCGAGUCCCUCUGCAUUUCCGAAAUGCCCUCAGACUGGGAGAUUUCCUCAGAGGACCCUUCUCCGUCGAGCACCGACGUCGCGCCCUGUCCCGCUGGAACAGUGACUGAAGACAGCGGGCGAUUUCUUGGUGAAAUGGUGGAAAACAUCAUCUACGAGGCACAGCCCACUUUCAAGAUUUCUGCCGCUCCACGGCCGACUCGCUCCUACCGACUGAGGCACCGGCCCGUUCCUGAAAUCCCCACCAUACUGCCAUUUCAGGACAGGAGCACACCGCCAGCGCAAGCAGCCAGCGCUGAACGCCUAACCGCCUCCGAGGGUCCCACUGGCGCAAACGGCAUACAGAGAGCUUCACUUCAAAGAACCUUGACGCCUAUAGCUCCCUACGGAGAAACGUUCCUGUUCAACAACCCUGAAAGUGCUCCGGGCCAAGGUGCUAAAGAUGGGUCACAGCAGGGGCUUAAGGACAAGAUAAAGCAGAGGAAACAGAGAAAAAAGGCGCCCGAGCAGAGGGAGUCCAAAGGAGAUCACUCUCCGCCGGCUCCUGCCGACCCGGACCCCUUCAAAGACGAGUACUCAACGGUGGACGAGUGUGCCAGCGUUUUGCCGCGAGCCCUGUCGGACAGAGGUUUCGCCGCCAACCCCGAAAUUCUUGUGAUUGGUCCGGCCGCCUCGGGCCCCAAGGACGGAUCCUUGAUCACGGCGGAGUGCGACCUCUACUCGGAGCCUGCGGACGCUCUGGGGGCCGCGGGCAGGGGUGCAUUGCCUGACAUUUCUCCCUACGCGUGCUUUUAUGGAUCCCCCGAACCCCAGGUGCUCAAAGUGGGUUGGCUGGACAAACUGUCGCCUCAGGGGAAUUGCGUUUUCCAAAGGAGGUGGGUGCGAUUCAACGGCGAGAGUCUGGCCUACUACAACAAUGACAAGGAGAUGUACUCCAAAGGUAUGAUCCUGGCCAGCGCUAUGAGGCAUGUGCGAGGACUGGGCGACAACAAGUUCGAGGUCGUCACGUCCCUCCGGACCUUCACAUUCCGGUCGGACAGAGAAGGGGAGCGCCAGGAGUGGAUGGAAGCCCUGCAGUCGGCCACGCGCCCCCCUGCCUGUGGCUCCCAGAAGUCCCCCGACGGCCUCCCCUACCCGUCCUCCGCAAACAAGCGGGGCCCGCUGGAGCUCCGCGGUUACAAAGGCAGAGUGGUGGUGUCCCUGGCGGGGAGCAAAGUCAGGCUCUGCAAAACAGAACAGGACUACAGAGUGGGACUGGCCAUUGCUGAAGUGGAACUCACUGCCGCCCACAUUAGAGACAUGGACCGCAGGGGCUUUGAAAUCAACACGCCCUUCAAGAACUUCUGCUUCACGGCCGAGUCGGAAUGGGAGAAGGAGGAGUGGAUUGAAGCGGUCCAAGAAUCGAUCGCCGAGACACUCUCCGACUACGAAGUGGCAGAGAAGAUUUGGUUCGACGAGGCCAACAGGAGCUGCGCCGACUGCCGCGCCCCGCAGCCGGAGUGGGCGUCCGUCAACCUGGGUGUGGUCAUCUGCAAGAAAUGUGCAGGACAGCACCGCUCCCUUGGCCCGAGUAUUUCCAAAGUGCGGAGCUUGAAGUUGGACAGCAGCAUCUGGAGCAAUGAGCUCGUGGAGCUCUUCCUGGAGGUGGGGAACAAGAACGCCAACAGUUUCUGGGCCGCCAAUCUUCCCAUGGAGGAGGAGCUGUACAGCGGCGCUUCGGCCGAGCAGCGUGCCACGUUCGUCCGCAGGAAGUACAGGGAGAGGAAGUACCGCAGGCUCCUGGAGGGUAUUCAAGACCUGGAGCAGCUCAACCAGGCGCUGUGUGCAGCCGCGGUGUCGCCUGACGUGCUGCAGACCAUGGCGCUCGUCUUCAGCGGGGCAGAUGUUAUGUGCGCCACCGGGGAUCCAACCUACUCCACCCCCUACCUCUUAGCUCAGCGCACUGGACAGAAGCUGCAGAUGGAGUUCCUGCACCAGAACAAACUAUCCGAUUUCCCAAGACUCGAGCAGUGGUCGGAGGACGCCUCCCUGUCCGACGUGUCCCUCUUCAUGGAUGGCUUCCUGUACAUCUCCUCUGGCCCCGCCAAGUCGACGUCGGAGCGCCGCCGACGAGAUGACAUGGCACGCCGCUGGUGCACCUUGGAGGGUGGCUUCCUGACAUACUACGAGAGCGAGCGAAGCCCGUCGGCCAUCGGCAGGGUGGACGUCGCCGCCAUAGUCAGCCUGGCUAUCAGCAACACGGAGACAAUGACUGGAGCUGGGGCCGUGUUCACCAUGGAGCUGUACCUGCAGACGGAGCGAGUGCUGACCGUCGGUGCCGAGACCCAGGAAACGCAGCAUGACUGGACCCAGGCACUCGCAAAGUUCUUUGUCCCGCCUGCAGUCGAGGGCCUGGUGCAGAAGGACAGCGAGCUCAUCGGCAGACUCCACUACAAAGAGGGCCACGACCUGUACCACUGGAGGACGGGCUGGUUCGUGCUGCGAGGCUCUGCCCUGCACUUCAGUCCAGGGGAGGGGGACGCAGAGGAGGAGGUCCUCCACCUCAAACAGCUGCAGGAGCUCACUGUCUCCACACAUACCGAAGGUGAGGACAAGAUCCAAGUCCUGCUGAUGGUGGAGGGCGGAAGCAGGACGAUUUACAUCCAUGGCUUCAACAAGACGGACUUUGAACUGUGGCACUCCGCCAUCACACUGGCUGCGGGCACAGAUGGCAAGGCCCUCGGCGACCAACAGCUGACCAAAAAUGGAGUCCCUAUUGCGGUCGACAGUUGCCUUGCGUUCGUCACCCAGUAUGGUUUGUGCCAGGAGGGGGUCUACCAGAGGCCCGGCGACCCCGGCCGAGCUGCCCUGCUCUUGCGGGAUUUCACCCGCAACGCGCGUGACGUGAAGCUGAGGGAGAAGGAGCGCCAGCUGGAGGACGUGACCGACACCCUGAAGAGCUUCUUGUCCCAGGCGGAGGACGCGCUGCUCACCAAGGAGCUCUAUCCAUACUGGGUGUCGGCUCUAGAUGAGAAGGACGAGAGGCAGAGAGUGAAGAAGUAUUCUACCUUCAUAGAGAGUUUGCCAAAGAUAAACAGGUCGACCCUCGAUGCUCUGCUGCAACAUCUGUACAGGAUUCAGCAGUGCUCCCAACUCAACCACAUGCCGAGUGAAAAACUGGCCUCCGUCUUCUCCUCCUGCUUGUUCCAGACUCAGGGACAAACCCCGCAGGAAAUCAGCGUGGUCCAUGACCUCAUCAGCAACUACAUAACCCUCUUCAAUGUCAAUGAAGACCAGGUGCAACAGAUGGAGAGAGAGAAUAGCUUCAUCACACGCUGGAACGACAAGAAGGACACCACAUUCUCUCCAGCCGGGGACCUGAUCUUCGAGGUGUACCUGGAAAGGAGAGAGCCAGAGAACUGCUGUUUAAUCAAGAUGUCCCCCAGCAUGCGAUCCACGGAGCUCGCAGAAACUGCGCUGGGCACGAGGAACGCCGCCUUGGACGCCGCCGACGACUUCUGGACCACCUUCGAAGUCAUUGAGAAUGGAGAGCUAGAGCGGCCGUUGCACCACAGUGAGAAGAUCCUUGAGCAGGUGUUGGAGUGGAGUACCUUGGACUCCCCGAGUUCUGCGUUUCUUGUUAUAAAGAAGUUUGCGGCGGCUAAGAAAGUGGCUGGUGGGAAAGAAGACGAAAAGAAGUUCAUAAAAGGCGACUAUCUGAAGGUCAACGACGGGUCCUCCAAACUGCUGUCGGGGCACAAAUUCCAGGACAAAUACGUUGUACUGUGUGCAGAGAAGCUGCUGCUCUACAGAGAUAUCAAAAGCACUAAAGCAGAGAAAGCGAUCCUACUCAAGUCUGUGAAAUGUUACCUAGGCCUGAGGAAAAAGCUGAAACCCCCAACCAGCUGGGGCUUCACAGUCUACUCUGACAAACAGCAAUGGCACUUGUGCUGCGAGACGAGGGAGGCGCAGGUCAGCUGGGUGACGGACAUAAUCCGGAUGAAGUUCGGUUCUGACCUGUGUUCAAAGACCGUUAGCUCAAAAGAAGCCGCAGAUCACAAAUCCUCCAGGGGCGGAGCUGUGACGGAAGGACGCAAGGUUCCACCACAGAAAAAUAAUAGCAAACAGCUGACCGACAGGAGGAUUUCGUUUGUCAACCAGGCGACCACCGAGGAUAAGAGCACCGCAGCUAACUGCCCAAAGCUCAACAACCUGCUCAAGGCCCCAGGCGUCCCACACGUCAGACCCCCUGUGGAUGUCGGCCGACCUCCGCGGCUCCCUUCCCCGUCCAGACACGCUCAGCCCAUGGCUUCGCCGGUCGCCGCCAGGGGCGGCUUGAAGAGCGCCAGUAAGAGGCCCGUUCUGGGCGGGGAGGUCAUGAUGCCCGCCAAUCUGCUGAAUGAGCUGAGCUCGGUGCUGAGCAAGACUGGCCGCAGUGACAAGAGCAAUGAGUUGACAGGGAGGGAAAAGUAAGAGCGGCGGAAGGUCGGGCGCUUUCUGACAGUCAGUUUGUAGUGCAAGACAAACAUUGCAGGGCUGAGCAGAGCGAGGGAAGUGUCGAGACUGACAAAGGGAGAGACCGCACAAUGCAGAUGGGUCCAGGUAAGUUGGGAGGAAGGGGUCAUAGCCUGGAGACUGCUUUUGAACUCGGAUGUAUAAAGCAAAGCACAUGCACAAGGGAAUGCAAGAAAACAUAUACAAAUUUUAAAAAAAAAGCAGGUGCAGGAGUCUUAGGAGGGUCAUGCAGACCUCAGCUGGGCAAUGGCUCUGAAAAUAUGUCCAACUGUCAAACCUCCGAAGUUUCCACUAAUUGCCCACUGCUUGCUUCAUGCAUGUCCGUUUACAGUUCGUCUGAAAAGGCCGUUCCGUCUGCCUCUAAACAAAGUAUUCUUGAGUUUAAUAAUUGGACUUGUUUUGUCCUACUAGCACUUAUACUGCAAAGUUUGUUUUUAUCGAGUUGCACAAGUUAGAUAUCAUUCUGUGGUGUUUCUGAUUAUUAUUAGCUAAUGAAAAAAGAGAGGAGCAAAUUUGGGGCCCGCUAGCCGUUAACGGUGGUUCAUUUCAUGAACAUAAAAAUAGCCACAUAAAAUGUCAUGCUGUGUGUAAUUAUUUAUUUGUGACCAUUUCUUAUUUUUGUAGCAGUUACCAUUUCAACCUUUAACUGUAUAGCUACUAGCCGUGGGUUUUUUUUUUAAACAUAUUAAAUAUCAAAAGUGACACUGAGUAUACAAAGACCAAAAAUAUGAAUAAAUGAACAAUCAGUUUUUUCUGCCACAGGUAGAA